AUGCAAGAAACGAUGAUCGCUACAAACAAUUCCAAACACCCAGGUGUGGAUUCCGAAUCGGAGGCUACAAACCAUGAGCAAUCCAGUACCUUCAAUCAUAAUGCUUUAGAAAAUGACCAUUGUCAACACAUCAGUUUGUGGCUUUAUCCAACUGGUGUUUUUCCUCAAGAGGUAUUCCUCCUGAUUUUAUCUUUUCAGAAUCCCAAAUUCGUUUUGAAUCAAAUUUCAUCUGUUUGUAAGGCUUGGUACCAGUUGGUGAGGGAGAAUGAAUAUUUGUGGAGACAGUACUUAUUGGAUUGUUACGGAGUGACGUGGCACAUGAGGAAUGACAAAGCAGAUCCGAACACUCGUUCCAAGGAUCGAUGUGAAUCUUUGGAAUUGUUUUGUGCUAUCAGUGAGAAGCUACACUCGAGAAGAAUACUUGUACGUGAUAAGAUUGUACAUGUUGUAAAGAAAGACUUGAGCUGUGGUGGUCGUGGGGUCUGUCACUCGCAAUAUGCCAUCGCCAACAUCAUUCCACUAUUGCAAAAUAGUUCCCAUCAAAGCAAUAGAUACUAUCUCUCAGAUAUUCCAGUUGAGUAUAGAGACGGAGGAUUUCAUGGAUGUCACUUGUAUGACUUCAGCAAGCUCAACUCAACUCCUUAUGUGAUUGAUUUAUAUCUUGCCGUGGAUACCAUGUCUCCACUCGUGGAUCAAAUACUACUUCCAAAAGAUGACAACUGUGAGGUCAAUGCUACUCAAAUUACUUCUUCUCUUGUGCGAAAAUUGGGAGGAAUUCGAGCUACUUCAAAUUCAUUCGAAUUUUAUGACUUUUCAAGAAAGUUGGUGUGGUCCCAAAGCGCACAAACAUUAUUGCAUUUUAGAAAUGAGAGAAAGAACUAUGCAAGUAGAUACCUAAAUUGUAUUUAUAUCUAUCACUAUCACAGGUUAGACUAUUUGGUUUUGGCAGUCAAUGGUGGUAUUAAGGUGAUCACUCAGGAAUCCGCCCAACUUGUAUGGGAAGAUGAAGAUGGACCGAAUACUAAAAUUCUUCUCAACGAUGCUAUCAAUUUGAAAUUUGGAAUUGUGACCUGUCUCAACGCAGACUAUUCCAAAUUUUUUGCAUGGAAUGUGGAGAAUGGUGAGCGUUUAUGGAGUGUGACACUUUCUUCCUUAAUUCCAAUCUCAAUGAAUGCUCACUUCGCAGCAAUCAAAGCAUUUUCCGUUAAAAGAAUUAUUUGUGGGCAAUAUUGGAUAGAGUCGAGAAGUGAAGAGGAUACCAUAACUAUUCUAUUGCAUGCUUCCUCAGCUAGACCUCUCAUAUUCUUUGAUGGCGAGUUGAUUCGUGACAUGUAUGUGGUAUCUAUUAGAGAAUACAAGGAGCCUGUUGAAACCAUUGUCACUACCUUAUUUAUUUAUUCAUUGAGCCGUAUUGCAUUAAUUGAAUCCACAUGUACCUAUAACAAUGAGAAACUAACAUCCAUGACUAUUGAAACAAAAUGGGAGUCUCUACCUCAAAAUCAAGAAAUUGUGUUGGAGAGCACGAAUGUUGAUAUUGUCAAGGUGCCUCUGACUGGAAGUGAAAUUAGGAAACGAAUGAAACAAUAUCAAUUAUGUAAAUCUCCUCAUUUCGCAUGUCAUGACAUGGAGAUCAAUUACUCUGAAUUGGAUGACAUUUGUAAAUAUGAUUUGAUUAUAUUAAGUACGUACAACAAUGAGCUCAUCAUUGAAAGAUUUAGAACAGAUAAUGGUGACUUGUUGUUUCGUUCUAUAUGGUCCAAGCAUUCAUCAUCAGAUUCUGUUCCCAUUCAAACCCAUGCUCCAAUCAACGUGAAUCGAGAAUCGUCCAAAAUAUAUGCAGAAGUUCGUGGUAAGGACUUAUUCAUUGUAAGACAACCAGAAAACCAUGCAGAUGAUUGUAUCAUUAUUUUGGAUUUGGAGAGUGGCUCUGAAAAGUGUACAUUAUCAUGUCACAAUAAAUAG